AUGUUGGCUCAACCGCUCUCGCCAGUCCCGUCGAUCAACAUCGAGUUUUGUACAGAAUCAACGCCCGUCAAGGAGCCCAGUUCACCUUUUGACAACAUUGCGUUUCUGCACGACUCGCGCGAUGUCUAUCGCUCACACCACCUCGUCCCCCCACCAGUCCACUCACCAAAGGACCGUACCGUCACCCAACCUAUCCGGACCACACUGGGAAAAGGCCUCGAUUCUGCUCGAUUCGAGGCACUCAGAGCGGCUGCACGUAGCAACGCUGCUGCGACGGCGAAGCACGACCUUCGAAAGGAGGUCGCGGUCCGUGCACAUCAAUCCAAGCAGAUUGAACGCCGAAAGCUGUUCCUCUCGAAAAUAGAGGCUCUCCCUUCGCCCACAGCUGCCUCGUUGCCAGUCACUCCUCCAGAAAGUCCUGCAGUUUUCCAUUUUACGCUGCCCUCUCCUGGUCUUGUUUCUCCCUUGGCUCUGUUUGAGACCUUGGACGACCAGCCCGACGCCCGAACCGUGCGCGUCGAACAAGUCGACUUUCGCGCCCGCGCCCGCAAAGAGGCCCAGGCUCUCGCUGCAGUGACUGGCAAUGUUCGUCAGUCACUCCAAGUGCACGGACUCGCGCCCUUGUCGCCACGACCACAGCCUGCAAAACCAAAGAGUCAAGCACUUCCAUCCCUGGACGAAAUCUCAAAGCGACUGGGAGGAAACGUGACCAUUACUCGUUCUGCCUCGCCACCAACCUCUCGUCUUCCUGCAUUCUUGCAGAAACCCGCGGCCCACGUGCCCGUGCAGGACCCUGUGGUCAUCCUGUCCCCCACACCAAAGCGUACUUUUGUUCCGACAAACUCGCACGGCCCGAUUGAACGUCCCAAGACCUCCACCGGUACCUCCUCCAGUCGUCCUCCCAUCUGUCCGGCAGCAGUCUCCUUGCCUGGUCCGCGUAUCGCGAGCACGCGAGCACCUACUCCAUUGACGGCAGAGGCAUUGACAGCCUUGGCGAACCGUGCUGAAUGUGGCUCGGUGAUGAUGGAGCGUCUCCAGCGACGCUUCAGUGCACCGGCGCGAAUGGCGCACUCGACGCAGCCUCAGCGCUCCCUCGCCCGUCCCGGCCAAUCUAUUGCGCAGAUUGCGCCGCGUACGAAUCCAGCAAAUUUUUGGUCGGAUCUCUUUGGUUUAAAGGUUGAGCAGGCUUGGUUUGCGGCUUAUUUGGACCGUCUGUCCAAUGAGGCGUGCAUGCGAGAACACAAGGUCGUACUCGGCCUCGUGUUCAAAGAGGCGUUGAAAUUCUUUGCGGACAGUUUGUAUGAUGACGUGCGCAAGACCAACGCGUUGGACACGCUCGUUGUCUUCCUACAUUCCAUGUUGCGGAAAGAGUUUGCUGGUUGGGAGCUGAUGGAACUCUUGGCCGGGACGGUAUCGGAGAGCGAUCGUGUAUUUGGGUUACUUGUAGAGAGUAUUGAAAAGGUGCUGGAGAGUGGAGAUGCACCAGUUGCAUUGAAACAUCGAACGCUGCAGCUCGCUCUCGUCUUUGCGUGUGGUGUCGGACAGCUCAGUCCAGGCGCAUAUCUAUUACGGAGAGAUUUAUUUCCAACAAUUUUUAUCAAAACGCCAGAAACGACUCCGUUUACAUUCGAAGCCGUACUUCUUCUUUCGGUCCUUCUCAAUUACCACAAGUCUGACGCCGCAAAUCUCAAUCCGUACCUCAAGCGCGUACGUGGUUCGGUCGACCAUACGCUCUUGAGCAAGGUUUCGUGGGCUCUUGGAUAUGCUUUCGAAACCUCAGUCAAGCGGUACCAAGAGAUUCAAGAUGACACACCACCUACAUUGGUUUCAACGGUCGGGUCGUUCUUAACAGCCCUCCGACCGGAUAGGGCGUUAUCUUCAACACCCGUGGAGACACCAAAAGAGCUAUUCAAAGACCAACCAAUCGAAGCGGCUGCAGCAUUGCUCCCACUCUACGAGCUCUUCAACCUAAAUCCCGUCUUUUCAUCCAUCGUGGUGGAAUCUCUCUCGACUGAGACAACUUCUACUAGACCACCCAUGAUCUGCUCGUUCAUCUCUCUGGCCUCGUAUCUCUUCUCACACGCAUCGUCGGCUGGGACGACAAGAUGUCUGGCGUAUGCAAACCUUACGAUGAGGGUAUUUGCUCUCAUGUCGCAAGAGGAAUCAAUGGUGACAAAGCUUGCUCGCGAGUCCGGCAAAGUCCGAAUAUGUAGACAGCGUCUACCCAGACUACCGGAAACUCCCGCAUCACGGCCUAUAUUAAAUGCGAUGCUAGAUGCAUGCAUCCUCUGGCUUCGCCACAAUCUUCACAAGAAGAUGGAAGUUUCAACCUAUAGAUUUUGCAUAUCAACUCUGCAGAAUAUAUUCUGGGCUCUCAGCCGUCAGCGGAUACGUUUGGAUUAUCAUUGGGAAGAGCUAUGGAGAAGUAUUGUUGCAGUACUGGAUUUUGUGGCGUCUCGACUGGAAAAUGUCAGGGUUCUGGGGCGGGUUGACGAGCUAAUUCAAGAGACGCUUAUCACGUUGGAAGGCGCCACAAUUGUAUCAGAAGCCCUGAUGCCAACUCCGGAAGCCCUUCACCAGUUUGUCUAUGAAAUUGUCAGAUCCAAGCCGACGAUUGACAAACAGAUGGACUCAGCACAAGCAUUACAUGCCAUCACGACAAUCCAAGGCAUGUCGACAUAUUACGAGACCAAGAUCAACGAGGCAGGCUCAAGCAUGGAGAUUGGCGAUGUGAUGAAAGUCAUUGCCGCCGAGGUUGAGCGCGACGGGAUUCGCAUCGAUUCUAGUCAAAGUCUUGACCCUCCAACGCGCCGAACAGAUCCCACUGCAGAGGCAAACUUUCAACUUUUAAACUCUUCUGAGCACUCGUUUAUACCACCGCGUUCGCCACUCUACGUCGCCACCGUCCAGCUUGAGACGCAGCGUGUGCUCGCAUUCAGAAUGCCUUCUAAUGUUGUCGCUCAGCCUUCCCCUCGUACAUUUGGUGCAUCUUCUAGCACCGAAAGUUCUCGCCACCGACCCUCGACGCCGUCUCGGAUCUUCCAGAACCUGAUAGACAGUGGACGCUCGCUCUCGCCCUUUCGUUCCUCUUCUUCGUCUGGAUUCCUCAGCCGGGCCUCUUCACUCCGAUCGCCGAGUACCGACAGUAUUAAACGCAAGUGCGAAUUGAAGCGCGAGCAACUUGUUUCUCGCGACUCGGCCAGCAGAGACGCGUCCGCCUCGGCGAAAAGACCCGUUUCUAUCGCAAGCAGUAGUCCGGUGACUGGUACUGCGGCCACAACGAACCUUGCUCAGUCAUCAUCUCAACUAUUCUCAUCACAGCAUUCUUCCGACGCACUAGUCUCUUCAGCAACAAAUUCUCCGAAAAUUACCGUCAAGCCACCACCCGCUUCUGAGGGACAGAGCUUGAACGCGAGUGGUUCAGGGCUCGCGAGCGAUACUAGUACCCUAUCGAUUGACAUGGACGAGGAUCUGGCUUCGACAAGGUCUCCGACGCCAUUUGAGGACUUGACCGAUUCUCAAGCCACCGCCAGCUCUGAUAAUACCGUGUUUGAGGAUCUUCCCGAGUCUUUGCGGCUCAUGCGAGUCGCGCAGCGUGCAGGUAUCAAAGUGAUCGAUUUCGCGUUUGAGGGUCCUGAGCGGGAAGGAGUCGUGCCAGAAUGGGCCUAUGAAGGCGGUCAGAAAUGCCCAGGAUUCGGGAUAGGAUUUGGUGGAGGGGCUUAUAAUGGCGUUCUUUCAAAAUACCGACCAGCUCAAAAGGAGGUCCCACCGGCCGAAGCUGUAGACGAUGAAGAGGAUCAUCGAAUGGUGAUUGACAGGCCACGUCCCAACAUUUUCAGCUCACGACCUGCAUCUAUCAUCGGCACGCUUUACACGGCGCCGUUGUCGGAUGGUGUAGACCAACAAAAGAUGGGCGUCGGUAGUCCACCGAGCUCGAGAUCCAGCGCGCCGAUUAGUAGUAACGGGUUUAUGCAAUUUCUUGAAGAACGCAAACAGAAUGGAGCUAUGAUGCUCGAUCAUUCUGGUAUCAAACGAGAGCGCUCCCUCGCGUCUGCCGAGCCAGCGCCGGGAGAGGGAAGCCCGACCAAGAAGAGAUCGAUUGGUUAG